CUCCCACACCUCUUGAUCUAUUAUACCGAAUACGAAUCACGAAAAUGGCUUCAUCACCUGCAUCCCUACGUUCUCUUUACCGCUCCCUUCUCCGGGAGCUGCCUCCUCGACCCGUCCUGGCCUCACCGCGCUCUGCUCUGCACUCUCGUCUCCGAAAUUCAUUCACUUCCGGUUCAAAGGACGCGAUAUCGCCCGACGCCCGCGCUCACGCUGCUGCCCAGGCUAUUGCCUACCUUCGAUCUCAGCGCAUGUAUGCCACACUGCUCGAGCGAUAUAACCCUGGCAUGGGUAUGGACGAGGAGGAGCGUGUUCGCCUAACUGCGCGAAGGGUUGGCAUGGAUCUGCCGGUCGAGUACAAGUGAAAAAGCCACGCACGAAUUGGAAAAAAAAACAUGAAAGGAAAUCAAAAGAGACAGAAGGGAUCUGAAAAACGGCUGGAGUCACUCAGCGAAAUCUGAACAUGUCGGAGAAAACUGUCACCGUAUGCGAUGAAACACCAAGGCUCGAGCAUUGCAAAAGCGAACAUCAGACGAUUUAAGAAAGACUCGAGACAUCAAGAACUCGAAUAAGGCGGAUGGGUAUGACAGGAGAGAUUGUCGGUCUCUGCUCGCCAGCAAAAUGUACGAAUAAGUGUAUGAAACAAACGCAAUACCCAAGCAUCAUAAAGAACCAGCAAUUCAUUAUCAUAUCAUAUCUCAUUCAUUCAAAGGACACGUCUGGUCCAAGAUCGACAAUUAUAUAUAGAAUAGUAUCGUUUCCAAAGAUCGAGCACAUAUGGCUCAGGGGUAUCAACAUCAACUCACUUCUCACGUAGGUUUUUAGGCUCCACCUACUCCUCCGUCUUCAAGCGACUCGUCCCAGCCGCCCAUCUGCAACAGCCACUCUCCUAAUCGCUCCUUGACGAGUGUCAUGUUCUCGCCUAGGGAGCUGUUCCAUUGAUCUUGCACUAGGCGAACCUUUUCCUUCAGGUCCUCAGUAAGCCUGUGUUCUUCUGAAUGCCGCAUCUGCUGUGCUCGCACUUUGCUAUCGGACUUGGGGAUUGGAUUUCCGUUCUCAUCCUGUGUUUGAGU